UCUUUAAAAUAUCACUCUUUGCUCACUGAACUUUGCUGUAGAUUAUUACUUGCUCAUCGAAACUCAAAAGGCUGCUCGUUGUUCACCCAAAUUUCAAUAAAGUUACUCAUUAAUCACUCAUAUUAUUUCCAUUAGUGAACCUAAAGAAAGAUCAGUGAGCAACGAGUAACUAAUUAAAGAUUCGUGAGCAAGUAGUAACCUAUACCAAAAUUCAGUGUAGGUUAUUACUUGUUUACUUAUCUUCAAAAAGUUGUUCGUUGUUCACUGAACACAGGUUACUACUUGCUCACCUAAAUUUUUAAUAAAGCUGCUCAUAAAUCACUCAUAUAAUUUUAGUGUUAACUAUAGCAAAAUUCAAUGAGCAAUGAGUAACCUUUUAAAUUUCGGUGAGCAAGGAGUAACAUGUAGUAAAGUUUAGUGAGCAACGAGCAACUUUUUAAAGAUUGGUUAGCAAAUAGUAACCUAUAACAAAGUUCAGUAACCAUUGAUUACAUUAUCUCUUAUCAUAUGAGUUAAUUUAAAUGUCCUCUUAGUUUAAUGUGCCUAAUGAUAUGGAACUGCUUUACACCCCAAGGUUCAGUUUCCAUGUCACCAUGAUAUGCUCAUUGGAGAAUUAAAAAUAGGAGUUCUGCAAUAUUUGUACCGUCAGUUGUCCUGCACGUACAUGUUUUUGUCUGGAAAUACUUUAGUCUUUUCAAUCCCAAAUGAGUGUUGAUUAUCAUUGGUUUUGUUUUGUUACUUGUUUUAUUGGCCUUAUUGUCCAUUUUUGGCUUAGCUGUUCGAUGAUAUUCUUGAUAUUUCGUCGCACAUUUUUUAAGUAGUUGACGAGUUCUUAACUUUUAUUUUUGUGGAAGACGAACUGGCGUAGGCCCAAGGGUAUAGAUUCACGUGUCAGGCGAAAGUUCAAAGGAUGCACAUUGAUGCCAAACAUCGGUUAUGGUUCAGACAAGAAGACUCGCCAUUAUCUUCCUAAUGGAUUUAAGAAAUUUGUCGUCCACAAUGCCAAAGAGCUGGAAAUUUUGAUGAUGCACAACAGGACUUACUGCGCAGAGAUAGCACACAAUGUGUCUACUAAGAAAAGAAAGGAAAUUGUAGAGCGUGCUGCCCAGUUGGAUGUUGUCGUGACCAACAAACUCGCUAGGUUGCGUAGCCAAGAAGACGAGUGAGCUUAGCAGUGGUGGUCAGUUGUUUUUCAAUUACUUCAUUGGAUACUAUUACAAGAUUGGACAAGAAUGUGAUCUUGGCGAUUUUGUUCAUAUUAAGAAGUUUUCCAGUUGUGCGGCAUGCUACUUUAUCCGUGCAAUGUCAUGACAAAUUUAAUUUAUCAUCAAGAGAGAAGAAAUCGUUAUUUUGAAUUUUAUGGGAUGAAAUCCUUCAACUAA